AUGCCAGCAUCGCACCGAAGCGCAGCUCAUGGUAAGGCGCCCGAGACCCGAAGAGCAGCGGCCGUUCCCGGCAACGCCAGCUUGAGCCGGAUCCCGCGGGACCGCACCAGGCAGCGGGCGCCCGGCGCUUCACCUCCCCGCGCGUCCCUCGGGCUUCGCUCCAGCCGGGGCCGCCUCAGGGCAGCGGCGAAGCGCCGACGGCCGGGACUAUGGGCGCCAAGCCAGAGCGGCCCGCCGCUCCACGCCCGCACCCGGGCGUACUCGGGCGGGGAUUUGCCUCCGGCAGCGGCAGCGGACGGGGCCAGCGGGCGCUCGGGCGGGCGGCGCGGGCGGGAGAUCACACGCCCGCUGGCGCCUCAGCAGCCCCGGGGCUCGGCGGGAGCUACGGCCGCCCCGCCCGUGGCUGCGCCCCGGAGCAGGUCCCUAGGCGCGGCGGCAGCCUCCGGGACCAGGGCCGCCCAGUCAACCUUCAGCAUCCCCCACAGCAGCGGCCCCUACGGCUCGCAGGACUCGGUGAACAGCGCGGCCGAGGAGGGCGGCCGGGGGCGGCCCGCAGGGGGCGGCGGGCCCCGGCUUGUGAUCGGCUCGUUGCCAGCGCACCUCUCCCCGCACCUGUUCGGAGGAUUCAAGUGCCCUGUAUGUUCAAAGUUUGUGUCUUCAGAUGAAAUGGAUUUGCAUCUUGUGAUGUGUUUAACGAAGCCAAGGAUAACCUACAAUGAGGAUGUGCUGAGUAAAGAUGCUGGGGAGUGUGCAAUAUGCCUGGAAGAGCUGCAGCAAGGGGAUACUAUAGCACGACUGCCUUGUCUAUGCAUCUAUCAUAAAGGCUGCAUAGAUGAGUGGUUUGAAGUAAAUAGAUCUUGUCCUGAACACCCUUCAGAUUGAGAUGACAAGAUUCCUCUUUUUUUCUUACGUGGAUCAGAAAAUGCAGGGGAUUUGAGAUUCUGUCUUUGAACACACAUUUGAGAACAUACUUGGCUUCAGACUUGUGUUCCCGUGUGUCUGGAAAAGGCAAAGAUAGACAAACGUGUGGAACAAAACUGCCGAGUCCAAUUGCUUGCCAGUAGAGUCAGCAUACCAAACAUGCAUAUAAAGGACACGCAGGGAUUUUGAAAACGCUGCACAUCCUGUAACAAUCUUCUCGCCACAGAUGUUAUUGAUGAUUUCUAUUUGAAAGGCCAAAGUUACUAAUUUCAGUCUAACUUUUAAGUUCUCUGCAGAAACAGGUUAUGGUUGUCUCUCUUCUUACCCCAAAUGGAAAUUGAUGCGUUCUCAAUCAACACUAUCAGAAACAUUUUCAUGAGGAUCACCAUAUUUUUGAGCGGAAACAUCUUAAUCUUCUCUUGGGCUGAAGAAGAGUAAAUGGCAAGCAGUCUAGCAGUGUGACCUUAUUCACUGAAUUUACACCCUGUCCUCAGUACAUUCUUCACCUUCUUCAAGAACAGGAAAUGAAAACUCCUUCUGCAUAGGAAAACUGUAUUUCAAAGUUUUUUUUUAACUAAACCUUUAUCAGAAUGCUGUCCAAAGAAUAAAACCAAGGCAGCUGACUAAUUUAUAUUGAUCAAGCUAUACAAUUGUUGAAAUCUGGAUGCUGUAUUGCUAUUUAAGUGUACUAAAAUUUCUGUUUUACAGCUUGUUAAAAAAUGCAGCAAAGCAUAAUCUUGCAGCUAUGCAAUUUUUUUUAAUGGGAGAAUUUACCAAUUUUAAGUGCUGCCAGUUAUGGUAAUUUGUUUAACGGGUAUUUUUUUUAAAUGUUUCAGGUAAUUAUUUUAUUGUACUACUUUCAUCUCCAGGCUGCCUAUUUAGGUUUAGGGGAAUAACUGCGAAAAUGGUCACAGCGAAGUUUCCUAGGUAUUAGAGUAAUGAUAUUACACGGGGGUGGAUUUACAUUAACUUUUGAAACACUUCUAUACGUAAAUUUUUUUAAUUGAAAUUUUUUUUAUAGCAGAGCCAUAGUAAUUUGCACCUAACAUCACUUAUCUGUUUAUGUGGACAUCAGUAUUUUUAACAUGCACCUGCAUUUAUCCAUAGGGGGAAACAACAUACAAACUGUGGAUAAAUAUUAGUUCCCAUAAAACAUCACAAUUUACAAAAAAAAACUGGAAUGGAUAUCACAGCUUAGAAGGAAAACAUUAUUUUAUUUCAGGAACGGAUAUGUAGCAGCUUCUGAAUUUUCACAUUACAGGGAUAGAUUAUGACUAUUAGUGACUGCAAUUUUUAGUUAAGUUUCAAUAGCAAAAAUAAAUUGCACAACACCUUUUUCUGAAGUGUCUAAGUGUUGUCUUGUGUGCUUAAUUUGGCUGGCAUUGUAUCCUUAAGUCUAUAUUUUUCUCCUCUGUUGCUGCUCUUUCAUAUUAAAAAGGGCAAGUACGGGAGCACCUGCUGCCACCCAGAAGAAUUAGUGCAUUGCUAUACAGGGCCUUGGAGCUGUGCUCUGGCUCCACUCCAGCUCCAGGCAAAAAAACCUGCAGCUCUGGGCUCCGCUCCAAAGCCCUGUUGCUAUAAGAAUCCUCCAUUUUGCUUGUCAAAUGACUUUAGUCUAGAGAACCUUUUUCCUUGAACUUUAUGCUGUGAAAUGCCUUUUGUUGUGCUGCAAAUCUGACACGAUCAAAACUGGUUAAUGCUGACAACUGACAUAUAGUUUCCAUGGGGCUUUUUUUCCUUGCAUAAUCACUCUCAAUUGAAUCUGUUGUUAUAGGUCCCAGUCAUACUCUUUGAUUUCAGUGGGAGCAAGAUCAGACUCUGGCGUGUUUUAAACUGUGUAGUUACAUCAAACAAGCUCUCCUGACCAAUGGUUGAUAGUAGUUUCCAGUAUAGGUUUUGUUGCAAGGAAUUGUUUUGCUGCCUUGUAUUAAGAAGAAGAAAUUGCAGAAGCUGUAAUAUUUUUACUAGGGAUGUUGUUGCCUAGAAACGUACUUUCCUGGUAUUUUGAAUCACUUACCUUCUGAAAGUAAUUUUUUUGCAUUUAUAUUGACUUCAUGCCAUACAGUGUCAAUGCACAAUACACUUUAGUGCUCGUCAUCCUCCAUCCAUAACAAACUGUGGGCUCAACUGCUGGAGCAGAAAUUCCUCUGUAAUUUACAAGGAAAGUUUGGGGUGUUUUGGUGUCCUGUGCUGCAAGGUCGUAGGUAGUCUUUGGCUUAGGGAUUAAGUAGAUCAGUAUUUAAACAUGAAUCUGUUUACAAUUUGUGUGAUUUCAGUAGUUCACUUUUUGAGUUCAUUUGCUGAUUUUCCAAAACCUGAAUCUUCUAGAUUUAAAUGCCUAAGUAAAUAGUUGAAAGAAUAAACUCCCCAGCAUUUAUCAUCACUGUCAGAAGUUCAAGGCCAGUGUCCAUGCUGUAGUUUAAACAUGCCAGCAGCUGAUACUUUUAUAUAUGGUGGUUGCUUGUAGGUUUGCCCCCCUGGCCAUUGGGGAGAGUGGAUUUUUUUGGACUGUUUGGGAUUGUUAGGAUGACUUCAGUCCUGGGCCCUAAUCCUAGAUUCUUGGUUCAUCCAAAACUCCUUCUGAGGUCAAUGGAAGUUUUGACUGAGCCAAAGAAAGAAGGGUUAGAUCCUUAAUGUGGACAAAGCUUGGAACGAUAUGGAAAGAUUAAACAAAAGCUUAUGUUCAGAACUCCUUGUGGAAGUUCAUGUAUGUAAACUUUCAUCUCAGACUAUUAUGAAAAAAAAUUGUGUACACAAAACUACAUAAUUAAGCCUACCCUCAUUUUAAAAAUAUCCCCUCACCAAGAUCUUGGACCACUGUGCUUCAAUAGGGGGAAAUGUGUUCCCUCCUUGAGUAGAGGAAGACCACACAUUAGAAGCCAAUGGGUUAUGAUAAAAUUUAGAUGUGCCACAUUUUCUGCCUGUAAAUAUAUAGAUUGCCAAUUUAUAUUGCUUCAGUUUUUCUUUCUUCUGACCUAUAUCUUGCCCAAGUAUGUAAGAGUGAACUAAUUCCCAUACUCAGGUUUGCCAUAUACAUGCUGCUUACCGAAAAGAGUAGACAUAUAUAAGUUAUGUCAGGUUUUUCAAAACCUCAUAUAGCAAACGUCUCCAGUAAAAGUUUUUUGUUUAAAGGUGAUCGGGAGUGGUUAUGAUUUGGGUUUUAUAUGAUCAUCCUAUAUGGUAUCAAGAGAGCCAUGCUGCCAAUAGUUACAGUGCUGUGAUUAUCCUGUCUUUUGUAUCUUUAAUGCAUCGGUUAUCACUUCUGUUUUAAAUAGUGAGCUAGUUUUCCAUGUGCAUGUACUCUAGACAUUGAUUUGAGUGGAAUGUAAAAGGAAAGAUGGUGAAGCCCACUGCAAAUUUGAAGUAGGCUAUUUUAUUUUGGGGGAAAAUGAGUUAAAUAGAUUAAACUAGAGCAUCUCCCAAUUCUAGUGUGCAAGGGGAAGUGUACUGCAGGAUUUCUAAAUGGGGCAUUUGAAGGUAACCCACAAUGGUGGGAGUGAAUUUUGUGAUCUUUUUUGCUUUUUUUAUGAUGUAAAGGGUGUUUUAUGAUUUAAAAAAAAAACAACCAAAACAAACUCCCCUGAAAGGUUACAAGUAUCUCAUUUUGAGUUCCAUUUUUGCUGAAGGACUGGAGAGCUAGUAAGAUUAUGACCUCAGAAAAGACUAAAACCUGAGCAAUUGUGGGAAAAGGAAUUUUGAGUCAGAACUUUUGCAACUUUGUUUUGGUUAUAUCAACCAACUUCUCCUGACAAAAACUUGGGAGAAAAGCUUUCUUGUUGGAAGAUUGAGCACUCUUGAUCUUUAUUUAAGGGCUUAAGAUGUUCCCUCUUCAAUCUUCCAGGGAAAAAAAGGAAGUUAAAACUUAAUAAUCUUGAUAUCGCUAAGGAAACAGGGACAAACAAUAUUUUUUAAAAUGCAGUUGCUUUCAGUUCCUUUCCAAGUUUCUGUGAAAUCUGAGCUGCUUUGUCACAUGGAAUAGAAUGAUUCCACUGAGAUUCAGUAUAGCUGUUUGUAUUUGGUAAUUCUGUGGUAGAGAGGGAGUUUCCUGACAGAAUACUGAAGUGCUAACAUGAAGAUUCUCAAUUUAUCUGUGCCAAUCGGUUAUCUCAGCUCUGGUUUGACCAGUGCAAAAUUUUGCUGUUCAUACUUCUCUCCCUCAAACUUUAUAUAUAAGCUUCAAAGCUUUUUCUUCCUCCUCCUACCCCAACAUGCUAUAUGAUUUUUAGGAAUUUAUUCUACCCUCCUUCUUUGGACAAAGCUCCCAUUGAUGUUGAUUAGAAAUACAUUACACUAUCUCAUUGGAAGAGGAACAUUUGUCAGAACUCUAGUGUCAACCACUUCUGAAGUGCUUUUGUCAGCAGGUGCAGCUUGUACCAGUUAAGUUCUUACCAUCUGAAAUGGUCUUGAGCAGGAGAUUCUGAACAAAACAGUGGCCAUGUUUUCUUUAUGAAAUAUAGUUUGCACUGUGCCCUAUUGCACGUGUUGAACAGAGAAGUGCAUUGCACACUUCUAAAAUCAGCUUUGUCACGACACCUUCAAGAUGUUUUCCCUGUUGGAAUGGAGGAGCCUGACUGUGCUUCAGUUGUGCAUUUUUCUGUUUUGUGGUUGUGCUUCUAAAAUUGAAACUGAGGUUUUGAAAUCCUUGUUCCAGAAAUUUCUCAUGCCACUGUACAGUGUUCUAUAGACUACAGGCUAUCUUACCUUCCUAAUGGGUAUGUCAGAGUCACCGACUGGAUAAAUUGUAAACUAACUUAAUGAGAUUGGUUCCGAUAAAUAACUAUAGCAUAUUUGUGUUUUCAGGAGGUUGGACUUGAUUGACUAGUAUGCCUUUUCUGGCUCUGGCAUCGAUGAUUCUUUCCCUAACGAGUUGUCAGUGUACAGUAACUAGUGUGCCUGCUGCCUACCCGUUUGCUACUUGCUCAUCUCCUUGUGUCAGCUUCUAAUUAACAUGUUUGUAUGACACUUUUGCCCUGGGGUCUGCUUUGACAAAGUUUUUCAAUGAUGAGAUUGAGUUGACUCUGGCAGAAUUUCAAAUGCAAGUAAAUCUGCCCGCCCACCAGUAAAUAGGCUGUUGCUGAAUCCUGUUCUUGUUUUUCCUCAGAAGCUCUCCUUUUAUUUUACUUUUUUUAAACCCCUACUUUGUUAUAUUGGAAAGUACUUGAAUGGUAAAUAUAGGUGGUCACAAGCUCCCAGGGGUUAUGAUAAUUAAUGGGAACAUCCGGGUAUGGCCUUGUGUAUAGGGGAUUCUGUUAAAAUACAUGUCAAAAUAAAGCUGAUCAUUGUAUGGCGGAUAACUCUUCUAACUGACUUUGCAAAACUGCUGCACUUGAGGAGUGCAUCAGUUAUUGAUGGGAUGUUUUAAUGACUGUCAAUUGAAAAAAUUCAACCUAUUUUAACAAGUGGUGAUUCAGCCUGGAACCUUUCCACUUGCCUGAGAAACUCACCUACUCUCUUCUUACCAUUAAGCAGCAAUCUCAUGGUAGAAGGUGAAGUGUAGCCACCGGUUCAUGCACCUGUUUCCACAAAAUUAAGUGUUCACAAAGUGCUAGAUGGAACUCUGUCAUAGUUUAUGAAUGCUACAAUUAUUUGUAAUGGUAAUGGACAAGAAGUCUUCCUUCAUUACCCUGAGCAUAAGUAAGAAUAUAAUUUGCAAUGUAAAACAUGUUUGUAAAUUUUGUAAUUGAGCAGUAUGAUUGGAAGAUGACUUGUGUUAAGGUACAUUUUUUGAUGGUCUGUCAGUACGUAAUCAUGAAUUAAAUAUUUUUUUAUUGAUUUAGGUUAUGUUUAACAUUCCAUUCGUGUAAAAUAUGUACAAAUAUAUGUAAUAAAUCUUUUGAAGCACA